AUGGAGUCGACCGACGCGAGCGGCCGCCCACUGGCAACCAUCAUCCCCCACUCCUCUCAAGGCACCACUACUCAAUCGUCUUCCCUUCGCAAACGUCGCCGCGACUCGCAGUCUUCUGACGAAAGAGUCAAGUCUUCACGGCGGCGCCCCACAUCUAGCAAGGACGUCUUCGUUGGCCCCCACUCCGGGUUCUCCCGCGGACAAAGCUCUCCCAUGCAGCGCUCCACCAGCCCUACGAGCAGUAUGCAAGCCGAUGUCAAGUACACCAGUACUGGCCGUAUCAGUAAAGCCAAGAAAGGUUUGAAAGUUCACAACUGCGAGUGUGGAAGAUCUUAUACUCGUGCAGAGCAUCUAAGGCGGCACCAGAAAAACCACAAUCAAGAUGCUCUGGUGUGCAACUUCCCACGCUGUGGGAAGACUUUCUACAGACCGGACUUGCUUCAACGACAUCAAGAACGACAUAACGAGCCUAGCAAAGACCAAUCUCGCAGGACCUCGCUAUAUAGUCAAGGCUCUGCUGCAGAAGUCGAGGGACCACUAAUCACUUCAGCGCCCUCGAUGUCGUCUUCUCUUCCAAUGGAUGCCGUGUCACGGACCCACGACAACCCGAGUACUUAUCUCCCGGUUUCUGUCUCUCCCAUGCAAGAACAGACCUCAGACCCAAGGUAUAAAGCCGCUCAAUUCCUUACUCCUCAGACUCCCACGUCAAAAUCCGGUACUUUUCUUCGUCCGUCUACCAAUGCCACCAAGCAGCAGCGAGCCUACGGUGCGUCCACUCGGCAACAGUCGGUUGCUGUCCCUACAGGUGCCCACGAUAGCAUGACCACCUACAGCGGCAUCGAUUUUAACCCAUGGAAUGGCUCUCCAAACUAUUCGUCCUCCAGCGGUUACGCAUCUCCCGGUCCUGGUCACGACUAUUCAAUGUUCGUUGGCCAACCGUUCGGAUCAAGCUCAAAUCGCACUCGCACUUCCUCCAAUGCAUCCUUCAUUGAACCUCAAUGGAGCUCUUACCCUUCAACACGUUCGCCAACUUCUGCAACUUCCACGAUGCCAUUUUCAUGGUCAGGGACGGAAAAGAGUCCACACUUGGGACUGGCGUUACAAAUGGUCACGACGUCCGGGGGCUACCCAGUGCCCGGAAUGUCUGCUCCAGCAGACAUGCCGGGCUUCCUGAUGUAUCCAACCCAGAAGACGGCUGCGCAAAGAGACGAGGAGGAGCAGCAGUUCCUGUUCCCAGAACACCUUCUCGGUAUGGCUGACACCUACCAAUUCCAAAUCGAGCAAUAUCUUGACAACUACUGGAGGCUAUUCCACCCCUCCUUCCCCGUCAUACACAAGCCUACCUUCGUAAACGAAUCUCCCCUGCUCAGAGCAGCGAUGAUUGCGAUUGGGGCUCAGUACACGGAUGAUUCGGGAGCCAAGGCAAAGUCCAGGCUUCUGCACGACAAGUGCGUAAAGCUACUAAAUCAGCGAGAUAUUGAAGUCACCCAAUCUUCACGUCUCUGUGACUUACAGUGUGUCUUCUUGGUCGAAGUUCUGUCCCAGUACCGCGCCCGUCGUGGCGCGAAGAUUCUCACUCGAAGAUUUGAGGAAAUGUACCGAAAGCUUUCUCAAGAUCCCAAGGUGCAGACUUCAACGACCCUCGAAGCUCUCGCUUCUCAGCCUCCUAUCUCGAACGAACAACCCACAUACGACCGCUGGUGCCAGUGGAUUGAGCUGUCCAGCCGACAGCACCUGCUUCUUUGUUCUUACAUUCUUGAGACGCAGCAAACGAUUCUUCUAGCUCGUCCUCAACAGCAUUCUCUUUUACCACAUCUUUCUGGCGACGCACUUCCAUUCCCAUCAUCUGUCCAAUUAUGGGAAGCUCCCAGCGCAGUCGAUUGGGCCAUAUCUUUACACCAGCAGCCGCAAACCCCAGGAUACGUAUACGAAGUAACCUCCGAUAUCGGAGUAUCUACCCGCUUUUCACCUCUCGAUGUGUUCCAGUCUUCGCUUCUGCUAGCGACACAUUACAACCACUUCCACAAUUCAACGCCAUACCUCCAGCCUCCAUCUUAUCCAUCGAUCGAUCAUCUCCUCGACCCAUCUCCUCUCACUCGGCAUCAUCUUUUCACUGCUCAGUUGCUGCAGCAUGUUCCCGUUCGCGCUCUCUUGGCGGUCUCUGGGGAAUCGUGGAUACUUUCAGAAAAGGUCGCCUCAAUAGCCUCAUUUGCAGGCUACAAAGCAACGCUGAGGACAUGGCUGAACGAUCUGUGGACACCAGAGGGCCCAAAUGUGAAGCCAGUCAGAGCAGCCUUGAAGGUCGCCAUUAACAUGUUGUGCCACGCCAUGACUGCUCCCGCUCAGACACUCUGUUUGGAACCGGGUGCCGAAAUGGGGCUUUACUAUGCAGUUCUAGUGCUAUGGGCCGUCGCUCUCGCCUCAACAUCCAGGCAAACGCAGGCGCAAAACCCCCGUCACCCUCAGCACCGUUCUCCGAGCCAGUCACGACGCCCGUCGCAAGGAGCUGUUCCGCCCUUCUCACCGCCAGGAUAUGGCGCUUCGACGAACCUAGCACAAAACCCCUCUCAACUACAGCAGUCAAAUAACCCCGCUCACCCGUCCACUACUAGCUUCCUUCCCACCGUAUUGGCCUCCCAGGCACGCCCAUCAAACACAAACAGCAUGCUUCAAUCCGACAUCACCUUCACGUCUUUGACCUUCCUCAACCUCGCGUCCCAUGAGCUAGACACUCUGGGAAUCUCGCCCUGGCCUCGCGACCUAGCACAGUGGCAACAAGGCGUCGGUGCCUUGCUCCGCUGGGCGAAGAUGAGACUACGCAGCGGUGCUAUCGAUGGCAGGGACAGUGUCGUUAGCACCGGUCCCACUAGCGGAAGCAUGAGCAGAGGCACCGACGGACUGGGCGAGCUCUUGGAUGGGGUCGUCAGCGUGCUGGAGAAGAUCAUGAGCCGUGGGUGGGAAGGCUGGGGCAUAUAA